UUCGGCUUCUACGCGGGCGUCGGCGGCGUCAUCAAGGGCUGGGACCUCGCGAUCAUGGACAUGCGGGAGGGCGAGGCGCGGCGCUUGGUCAUCCCCGCGGCCCUCGGCUACGGCGACCGCGGCGCGGGCGGCAAGAUCCCCGGCGGCGCGACGCUCUACUUCGAGGUCGAGCUCGCGGAGCUC